AUGGCAGCUCAGCAGCAGUUGACCCCGUUGGACGCCGCGCUGCAGCUCUUCGCCCCCGCGCAGGAGAGCGCGGCCGCCCUGUCCAAGAGCAAGCCGGUGGUGGCGCUCUCGCUGCCCCAGGAGCCCGACCGCAAGCAGAAGCGCGAGCUGCAGAAGCUGCUGGUGCCGCUCACGUUGGUGCAGUCGCCGUCGAGCGAGAUGGCGGCGUCGAGUCUCGCCGUCUUCAAGGAUAGCGCCGAGGUGGUCUCCGUUACGGCGGAGGGCGAGCUCAAGGAGCGCGUUGCCACGCUCGUGAAGCAGAUCGGAUGGAGCCCGGACUGCCCCGACGAGGGCCAGCUGCACAACUACCUGGCGCCGAUCAACACCGAGGAGCUGUUGGGCGACGUGGCCGCCUUCACCGCCACCACCGGCCAGCGCGACUACGUGGCCAACGCUGCUAACGUGUCGGCCAUCAUCUGGCACGCCUUCCUGGAGGCCGAGCGCCCCAUCAACUGGGCGGGCUUCUACUUCGUGCGGCCGCUGUCCAACCCCAAGGAGACGGACCACGACCACAUCCUCAUCCUCGGACCCUUCAUGGGCAAGCCGGCCUGCUCCCGCAUCCGCUUCCAGAGCGGCGUCUGCGGCGCCGCGUGGCGCACCAAGUCCGUGCAGCGCAUCUCCGACGUGCACGAGUUCCCCGGGCACAUUGCGUGCGACGACGCGUCCGAGUCGGAGCUGGUGGUCCCUGUCUUCGACAAGCAGGGCGAGGUCAUCGCGCUGAUCGAUCUCGACUGCCCCAAGAAGAACGGGUUCUCGGCCGAGGACGAGCGCACCUUUGUCGAGGUGGCGCGGGUCAUGUCGGAGGCGUGCGACUGGGGCAACGUCGGCCUGCCGUACACGCAGCCGUGAAGCUGUUAGUAAACAACCGUAUAACAUGGGGUCCUCGGCUCACGACGACUGCAUUGUGUAGCUUGAGAGCAGUGCGCAGCUCGUGUCAGAUCAAAUGAACUCCGCCUGCUUCCGCUCU